GAGUUUUGCCACGAAAAAGACGUUACCUCCAAGAGCCAGCUGGAAUCGUUGAUCAUCCCUUGUGAACACUUCUGCGCUGUCUGCCAUUGUGAAGUUGAUAAUUAGCUUGAAGACAUGGCAUCACUCCAUCAAGAUGAAGAAUCCCAGCUCCUUGUUGACCAUCUUCAGGAAGUUGAACAACUGCUAGAACAAGAAGAAGAUGAACUUUUAUUCAGUCAUACAGUGGACGUUGAAGACGAGCUAUCCAUGAUGCAACAUUUGGAUAAUGUAGAGCAGGAACUUGAAGAUGAUAUGUCUCUACUUGAACAUUUGGAAGAGACAGAGGAGGACCUUGCUUUAGUCAGCCACAUGGACGACAUAGACCAGCAAGCAGAACAGCAAGGAGGAGCCGUUGUUCCAGCCUAUUACUUAAAACGGGUGGUCAGGCAAAGAGCGCGGCGAUUCAGAGCCAAUGCAGUAAAGUUUAACGCACAGUUUAACCCUGUAUGGUUGCAACAACAGAGACUCGAGGAAUUACUCCAGGGGCUUAGAGAACAGUUUGAUGCUAUCAUACGAGAACUGAGACUUGAUGUGAAUGGCCAAACCAAUGACAGGAUAGGUCUUGCCUUGCAUCAUCCAGGGUUAAAUGUACCCAUUCGAAUACCAUUUCGUCGUCUGCAUGAAUUGCAUGGAGAGGAUAUCAUGGCAAUGGUGGAAACAGUACACCACAACAACGACAAUGCAAGGAUAGAUGCUGCCAUGGACAUUGAGUUCCUCCAUGUAGAGGAUCCAGAUCGCCUCGGUGAAGGGCGAGGGCACCGCUCUAAACACAGUCCCAAGAAUCUGGCUACGUUUUUGGAAAAGAAGCAGUGCAUAGUUAGAAGAAAGAACCAAGACGAUUUGUGUUUCGCCCGAGCAGUGGUUGUUGGGCUUCAUUACGCAAAGAAGCCUGUGCCAUUUCAACGACUCGAGCCCAACUGUAAAGCAUGGGAUCCUAGAAGAACUGCCUUGACCAGAACAAACAGGGCUGAUGUUAAAAAAGAAGAGGCUAUUAAAAUAUUCAGAGAAAUAGGUAUUGAGCCUGGACCAUGCUCGGGUCGAGAAACUUGGACUGUGUUUAGCGAAUAUCUGGCACCGGAAUAUCAGCUUAAGGUAUACUCCCAAGAUGUGUAA